AUGAAAAGACAACCAACGGAAGAAGUUUCUUCCAACAAUAAGAAAAUUAAACAAACUAAUGAUGAAGAAUCAACACUAUCGGAACAAGAAACAAACAAAAAACUUGGAUUAAUUAAAACUUUUCUCGAUGAUUUUAUAGAAUAUAAAACGAAUUAUGAUGAUGAAGAUAUUGCCGAGGAGGAUUUUGAAGAGGAAGCACAGAAGGAUGCAAAUGUUGAACGUCUCCGAAAAUUUAGAGAUAAAUCCUAUAAGAAGAAUUGUGGAAUUGAUUGGAAAAAGGAUCGUUCAAUGAUUAUUGAGCAGACUGCAAAAUUGUCAACUGCAUCUGAUAUGAUGGUAGUUGCCAAAGAAUUUAAAUUGUGGAAUGAAAAGGAGUUUGUUAUAAAGCUUAUUGAAAAGAGUGAAUAUGACUUGUCCUAUGAAAUACCAAAGAAAUUGAAAAAGGAUAGAGAUGUUAAUCUUGCAUCUGCAAAGAAACAUGGAAUUAUAAGUGAUGGAUUAGAGAAGGAUAGGGAAAUUGUGAUGGCUGCUGCUAGUAGUGGUAAUCUAUCAUGGCUUCCAAAGGAAUUUUCAAAUGAUAGGGAGAUUGUAAUGGCAGCUGUUGCCAAUAAUGGAAGAAUUUUGAGAGGUGUGGGUGAUGAAUUGAAAAAUGAUAGAGAAAUUGUUAGAAAAGCCAUUGAAAAUGAUGGAUGUGCAAUUGCAGACGCCCCAGAAGAAUUUCAGAAAGAUAGAGAACUUGCUGAAAUGGCAGUUAAACAAAAUGGACGUGCCUUUAUUUGUUUGAAAGAAUUUGAAAACGAUAGGGAGCUGCUAAAGAUUGCUAUUAAAGGAGAUACCACCAUUAUUGACAAAUUACCCUUUGCUAUCAAGAAUGAUCGAGAAAUUAUCAUGUUGGCUGUUGAGAAAGAUGGAUUAGCCAUCAAAUAUGCUUCAGCUGAUUUGAGAAAUCAAAAGGAUAUUGUCAUGAAAGCUAUUGAAAAAAAUCCUGAUGUACUUUGUUAUACUCCUUUGAAAUGA